AUGCCGAAUCCGCUCCUGUUCGUCGGCAAGGGCGCGGCGCUGACGGCGGCGGCCCGAGCGGCUGACAAGGCGAACGAAGGCGGCGGAGCAUUCCAGCGGCUGGGCGAGGGCCGCGGCGCGGCAAUCCGGCUCGCGUGGCCGGCGGAGGCGCUGCACACCGUGCCGCACGAGAGGCGGGCGGCGGCGGGCGACGCGGACGACCCGUUCGCGCACGGCCGUCCGAUCACCAAGAGGGCGAGGCGCGCGGCGGGCGAGCUGCGCGCCGUGCAGCACCAGGCACGUGCGGAGGCGCCCAGAGAGGCGGAGCUGGCGGCGGCAGAGGAGCGGACGGCGGAGCAGGCGGCGCUGCUGGCGCCGCUCGCGGCGACGGACACCACGGCGCGCCUGGCGAAGCGGAGGCGGAGCGCCCUCGUGGCGGCGGUGCUGCAUCAACCCAUUGCGGAGCCGGCGGGCCGGGCGGCUCAGAUGCUCGCGCCGCUCGGCGAGCACUUGAAGAGGCAGUGCGACGAGGUGGCGAAGCGGUGGGACGACUUCCAGACGGAGAUGGAGCGGCUUGACGAAGACGGCGGCGAUGCGGACAUGCGCUCCAACUUUGCGAACGGGAUGCGGGACGGGUAUCCGUGCCAGCAGCUCACCCUCGUGUUUCUGCAGUACUUGCUGACGAGCCGCAUCCGCACGCGUCGCGGCGGCAGGGGUGUGAGCUCGUCGGGCGGGGGGCGAAGACGGUGGGGGUGCAGUUCAACAUCAUGCGGAGCCACGUGUGGCCGAUCCGCGCUCACCUUCUCCGAGCUGCCGGCGGACGCGCCGGAGCGCGACGAGGUGGAGAAGCGCGACGAGGUGGUCAGGGCGCGGCGCGAGGAGGCUGCUGCGGCGCAGAAGGCGCUGGAGGCGGUGCGUGCGACGGCGCCUCCGCUGGAGGCGGAGGCGGACGGGGCGGACGGGGAUCACGAGGAGGCCUAA